GACGUCACAGCGCGAUGGCGGCGGCUCCUUCAGGCAGCUGAAGGGGAAUUUAGGCCCGGAAGAUCCGAGUCCAUCCGUGGCGGGGAGAGGGAAAGCGUGUUCGACAGGAGCCGGAGCAGGGGCGGCGGCGCUCGGACUGUCCCAUCCGCCCCGUAUUGUGGCUCUGGGAGCGGCUGGGCGCCGGGAAAGCGAUGGUGAAAGCGGGGCCGUGAGGGGGGCGGAGCCGGCAGCCGGACCCGCAGUAGCGGCAGCGGCGGCGCCGCCUCCCCGAGCUCAGACCCAGGAAGCGGCCGGGAGGGCAGGAGGGAGUCGGGCCCGCCGCCGCCGCCGCCAUGGAGCUCAGAGUCGGGAACAGGUACCGGCUGGGCCGGAAGAUCGGCAGCGGCUCUUUCGGAGACAUCUAUCUCGGUACGGACAUUGUGGCGGGAGAAGAAGUUGCCAUCAAGCUUGAAUGUGUCAAAACCAAACACCCUCAGCUCCACAUCGAGAGCAAAAUCUACAAAAUGAUGCAGGGAGGAGUGGGCAUCCCUACUAUCCGGUGGUGCGGGGCGGAGGGGGACUACAACGUCAUGGUGAUGGAGCUGCUGGGGCCCAGCCUGGAAGACCUCUUCAACUUCUGCUCGAGGAAGUUCAGUCUCAAGACCGUCCUGCUGCUGGCCGACCAGAUGAUCAGCCGGAUCGAAUACAUUCACUCAAAGAACUUCAUCCACCGCGACGUGAAGCCAGAUAACUUCCUCAUGGGGCUGGGGAAGAAGGGCAACCUGGUCUACAUCAUCGACUUCGGCCUGGCCAAGAAGUACCGGGACGCCAGGACCCACCAGCACAUCCCCUACCGCGAGAACAAGAACCUCACCGGGACGGCGCGCUACGCCUCCAUCAACACGCACCUGGGAAUCGAACAAUCUCGAAGAGAUGACCUGGAGUCGCUGGGCUAUGUGCUCAUGUACUUCAACCUGGGCUCCCUGCCCUGGCAGGGGCUGAAGGCUGCCACCAAGAGGCAGAAAUACGAGCGCAUCAGUGAGAAGAAGAUGUCCACACCCAUCGAAGUGCUGUGCAAAGGCUACCCCUCCGAGUUUGCCACGUACCUGAAUUUCUGCCGCUCGUUGCGUUUUGAUGACAAGCCUGACUACUCGUACCUGAGGCAGCUCUUCCGGAACCUGUUCCAUCGCCAGGGCUUCUCCUACGACUACGUGUUCGACUGGAACAUGCUCAAGUUCGGUGCCAGCCGGGCCGCUGACGACGCCGAGCGGGAACGCCGGGACCGGGAGGAGCGGUUAAGACACUCCCGGAACCCAGCCACACGGGGGCUCCCUUCCACAGCCUCGGGCCGGCUGCGGGGAGCACAAGAAGUGGCUGCUCCCACCCCCCUCACCCCUACCUCACACACUGCUAACACCUCUCCUCGGCCCGUGUCCGGCAUGGAACGAGAGCGGAAAGUGAGCAUGCGGCUGCACCGUGGCGCCCCCGUCAACAUCUCCUCGUCGGAUCUUACGGGCCGACAAGAUACCUCCCGCAUGUCCACCUCACAGAAUAGCAUUCCUUUCGAACACCACGGCAAGUAGCUGCACGUCUCCCGGUGGAAGGCAGCACUGGAUUCCCGGUCGGGUGGCUUCCAGUGGUCUUCAGUCUGUCGUGCACCGAUGAGAACUCCUUUUUGCUGUGAAGGGCAGACAAUGCAUGGCUGAUCUCCUCUGUUACAUGGCUUUACUAGUGACGCUCCCCGGCUAGGACACCGGGCGCUCUCCAGGCCACCCACCCAGCAACGCCCGUGGGGAAACCAAACAGACUAAACCGGACAGACUCCAAGCGCUGCCACCGCCGGGCUCCACUGAGGCCCACGUGGACAUGGUCCCGGGGCUGGGAAGACGGCCGCGUGAGUGCGAGACACUUGAGACAACAGACUCCCGAUGCAGAGCCUUUCGGUCCUCCCUGCCGCGGUGGCGCCCGCGACCCCUGAUGAGUCUGCUGUAACCACCAUCUUCUACUUGGUUCUGACAGUUUUGUAUCAUUUUGCUAAAAAUUACUGGCUUAAAUCUGUGUAAAGAAA